GUCGCAUUGGCGGUUCCUACAUUUGUGAAUCAAGCUUAUACCUGAACGGUUGUUUACAGCUACAAGUUCACGAGUUGCAAAAAAAUUAAAACGAGGCUCUAGCGGUUUUAUUUACUCAGUAUUUACUUAUCGGUUUAUUUGCAAUUUUGCGCAAUUAAUUUAUAAAGACGAACUACUAGCCGGCAAAAUCGUCAGUUCAAUUUUAGCAGUCGUUACAGAACGAUUUUUGAUUUUUGAGUGUGAAGAAACUUUUUCGUUACGUUAACGUUUUUUCGGUACCUUCUUAGUAACCUCAUCGUUUACGUUAUUUUUCUAAACAAGUGUCUUACAUUUUUUGCGAGCAAAAUGCUGGAUACUGGAAUUAAAAAGGGAGAUGCUCAUAUGAGAGAACUGGCUGCCAGAAUCUGUCGAGACUAUUUGCAUGGGGCCUGGAAGAACGUGACUUCUGAGGAUAUCGGCUUCAAACAUAUAAGUGGUGGUCUCUCCAAUCUCCUCUACCACAUCUCUUUACCAACAGAACUGUAUGACUCGUACGAGGACGACAAAAAGCACGACGCCCAAGAACCUAAAGAGGUUCUCAUCCGUAUCUAUGGACAAACUCACGGAGAAGGUGCUCUAGAAGCUCUCAUAACUGAAAGUGUGAUUUUUACUUUGUUAAGUGAAAGAGGUUUGGGUCCAAAACUACACGGAAUCUUCCCCGGCGGUCGUAUCGAAGAAUACAUAAACGCCCGGCCCUUGCUCACUUCAGAAUUGGCCGACGAAAAACUUUCAGCUAAAAUUGCCCAAAAAAUGGCCUCCUUACAUUCAAUGGAGGUUCCUUUGCAUAAAGAACCCGGUUGGCUUUGGAACACUAUCGACAGAUGGCUGAAAACUUGCGAAAAAAAACUGAAAGGUGACAUUCCAGGCUUCGUGACCGAUCUUCUGGAUGGUAUCGAUUUAAGGGGUGAGACUAAGUGGCUCAAACAAAGAUUGGAACAAGAAAACAGCCCUGUCGUAUUUUGCCACAAUGAUAUGCAAGAAGGAAACAUUCUUAUAAGCAUGGACCAAGACAAAGAGAACAAUCCGAAUGACCCAGAAUUAGUCAUCAUUGACUUCGAAUAUUGUUCUUACAACUACCGCGGUUUCGAUAUUGCCAACCAUUUCAUCGAGUGGGUAUACAACUGCAAAGAAGAAAACUAUCCUUAUUACCGCGAAGACUGGUCGAAUUAUCCAACUGAACAACAGAGGCUCAACUUCAUCAGGACUUAUUUGAUUGAAAGAGGAUCGAGAGAGAAUGCUAAGAAAGUACUUAAAGAAGUGGAAGUGUUUACUUUGGCCUCCCACUUCUUUUGGGCACUUUGGGGAUUCAUCAAUGCUGAAACUUCUCAGAUUCCUUUCGGAUAUUGGGAAUACGGAUGUUCCAGACUCUCUGCCUACUUCCAACUGAAAGAACGUUUGUCCUGCAACAUGCAGAUCAAGAGAAAGGUGGAAUGCCUUUCACUAGACUGAAUGUGGACCUGAACAACAUUCAAGGAGUGUACUAGGUUUUCUGUUUUAUUACAGAAAACCCUAUCAUCUAAAAAAAAAACAACUUCUUUUUCAUUUGAUAGUUACCUAUUUGAAAUGGGUACCUGGCAACAUCCUGUCUGAAGAAGUAUGUAUAGGAAGUGGAAGAUGUGACAGUAUUUUUAUGUUUAAAAAUCCUAUCAUUAUCAAAGGAAAAAUUGUAUUUUCUUUGAGAAUCUCUAUAGGUACCUGUUUGCCUAUUUAAAUAGGUCACGUUCUUAUGAAAAGAAACAUUGGUAGCUCUCAUUUUUCUAGAGCAAACAAAAAAAAAAAGCGAAGAAGACAAAUUUAGUUUGUUUUAUUAUGAUAUUAGUUUUGGGCCGAAGAUAAAACUUUGUCAACAAGCCCAAAACGAAUGCUCGGAUAAUCUAGAAAGAGUAUAGUCUAGAAUCUAACGUAACUGUGAAUUAUGUGAAGAGAAUUAUUAAUAAUCACAAGUUGUGAUAUUCUAUGUCGAUAAUAUUUAGCAUUUAGAUUUAAGAGUAUUAUACAGAGAAUGGCAUUAAUUGUGCAAUAAAUUAUGAUUAUGAUACCCUGUACUUAGCAAAUAUCUUCGAAUAUCUAAGUUGCACUACAAAUUAAUUAUCAAGCACUGAAUGUUAUUUGUUUCAAAUUUUAUUGAGUAUCAUUUUUAGUGUAGAUUCAAUAAUACAUAUAUCCAUUCCCACCUACUUUUAUAACUAGAAAAUUGUAUGUUUUAUGUUGACAAUAAAAUUAAUACUUAUAUUGCGAAGGAUUGAAAGUUACUAAAAGUCCAAUGGCUGAAAUUUUGAAUAAGUAAAUUAUGGAAAUAUGGCGCAGUGGCCAUGUUUAAUCAAAAGUUUCGAAUUUAGUCAAUUUAACUCGAAUAAUUUAGGUCUACAUCAAUAUAAAGAUCUGGCCUCUCUUGCUGUCGAAAGAUUGGUGAUGUCAUUCUUGGUGCAAUAUCAUCAUUCUAAAGGCCAUCUUGGAUAGUUUAUUUUUAAACUAAGAUUUUAUGUUAAAUUACCUAUAAAAAAAGUUAUAUUUAUAUUAAAAUCUAGAAGGUUUUCAGUCUCAAUUAUUUUAGUGUCCUUAUUUUUCUUGGCCCUAUGCUAUUAUUAUUAAUUUAGGUUCUAUAACCAAAAAUGUACUUAACUUUCAAGACUGGCUUUUUAAGGUCUGAAUUUUAAAGGCAUUUUUUUAUAAUAAUUUUUUUUUAGCGUUUGUCCAAUAAAUCUGUUGUUAUUGUACCUUACUUACUUUAUUAUUAUAAUUAUUUACGUCUCUAUUUUAAUUUAAGAGUUAUUUUACAAUAAAGGUUUUGCAAAAUUA